GUAUUUUAAUUAUUUCAGGCGUUUCUAUAGGUAUAUGUCAAAAUUAUAACUCAGAAAUACAGCGAAGCAGACUCUAUAUUUUAUAUAUUCAAUUACUUGAGCUAAAGCAGGAUCUUAACAAAUGUCAUCACAAUUAGACAAGCUAAAAAUGUGACAGAUGCACAAGCGCAUCCACUAUAUCUCCAUCGUGGUGACACACAACCCGAGUGGGGGAUAAUAUAACAAAGAAUGCUGAGAAAUCGACACUUUGAAAAAUUACAUCGGUAAUGGAAUAGCAUACCGAAGCUCAUUUUAAUGAUGUUGUUAACAUUCCGGCAUUAUGAUUGGGUCAUCAUUGUUUACAGAACAGCAAGUCAACAUUCUCUAACGGUGCAGCUAUUUCAUUCGUAUUUACAGAAUUUCAGUAUCCCGAAGCAAAUUGAGUUUCUGUCACAGAUGUUUAUGAUUACUGAUGCAUAGAUCGCCCCCACGCGUCUGUAUGGGCUGACACAAGACAGAUCUCAAUUUACAUAACAUAAACCAUAUUCUAUAAAAUGGACCAGUGAAAACUGGUAUCGGGACUUUUAAGUGUACAUAUUUUAUAUCGUCAUAGACUCUAAAAACAGAAUCGCUACAUUACAUUUCAUGGGUGCAUGACUCUGGUAAACAUGUUUUUGACAUACGCGAUUGGUGAUUUAAACCUAUUACAUACAUACAGUAGACAAUAUGGAAUUUAAAAAAAAAAAAUGUAUAUUUAAAUUCAGCCCUUUCACAGGAGAAAAACCUUUUCGGUUGAACAAACUAAACCAAAGCUAUUUCAUGCGGUAAUUUGCUCAGAACAAUCAAUAUGUGAGUAAGCACCUUGGCCAACUGUCAUUAAUUGUGGUGAAAGUCUGUAUUCAUAAAUAAGACAAGGAUUCUGCAGAUUUCAUUAAAAACUUGUAGAGUUGUAGGUCAAACAGAAUUUGAAGGUUACAAGUGGAGAGUUUAUUUUAAGGACCAAGGACAGUGACACGUACAACAUGCGCAUUUUUUGUAAAAUACACUAGGAAACCAGGGAGUUAUACACAAUUAUAUGCGUCUAAAUGGAAUAAUUAAGAGUACAGUAAAGUCUGAGUUGCAGUUGAAAGUAUACAAUCGGAGCUGUAUUAUUGUGCUCAAUUCCUGUAGAAUGGUUUAAAAGUGUUACCGAUGUCAUAUCAUGAUGUGAUGUGUAUUUCAUUCAAACACAGUGAUCAAUGGAGGGAGGGGCUCCCCUGUUUCUGUUAUAAAAUAACUUAACUCACCAGCUUUUUAAUUCAUUGUUCAUCCAGGUGUCUGAAUUAACUGCGCAGACGCAAGGUCUGAGCUCAGAGCCUGACUAUAUUAUCGCAUGUCUUGGGCUAUAAAAAUCCAACAGCCAGUCAGCUUUCGAAGACAUCAGUUUACAGGAUUCUUGACAGACUGACAGCAAACCUGGAAGAAGGGAACUUCAUAUCAACUAUUCACCUGCUUCCACUGAUAUACUAGCCAUCUCAAUCCAUUUAAGAUUCCUGUAAAUCUCUGACAUGAAGCUCUAUGUGCUAGUUUCAACUGCCGUCCUGCUUGCUGCCUUCCUUCCACGUCAUGAGUGCAGAGCAAUUGAGAGCCCGGGAGCUGUCCACUCCGAGCCUGACGCUCAGUCACACCAUUACCAGCAGUCUCUACCCAUUUUGAUGCGACUGGGCGAGGAAUAUUUCAUUCGACUGGGCAGUGCUAAUCAGAAUGCACCACCGUCCACACUAAACGCGUUCCCUGACGCAUCUGCUACCACCAACAGAGCAUUGCAAGUGCUUACCCAGCGUCUUUUGCAAGGCAAUGUUGGCAGCAUCAACCGGUUCGUGAGCAGCUAUGGUGACCACAAGGAAGAUACGGUGGAAAAAGGAAAGCGUUCAGAAGAUCCUCCCAUUUCACUGGAUCUGACUUUCCAUCUCCUUCGAGAAGUGUUAGAAAUGGCACGAGCUGAGCAGUUAACCCAGCAAGCGCACAGCAACAGGAAAAUGAUGGAACUCGUCGGGAAGUAAAUGUAAAAUAAACCCAACUGCCAGAGAAAAAUUCCAUUUAGCACAAGUCGAUAUUAUUAUGUGUCAUAGUGCUGCUUUUCUAUUAUUUGAUUAUUUUUUAUAGCUUUAAAUUUCUAAGUGGAAGUGCAGAGGAAUUGUAUUCCGUUUGACGGUAUUCAGACUGUAUCAUGAAUGCAAGGGAAAUUAAACAUAAAGUCAUUAUUUAAUUUGUAUAACUUGUAACAGUAAUAAUUAAAAAAAAAACAGUAACAUUUUACACAAGCUUUUUUAACUUUGUUCGUAAGAACACCAAUUGAUAUCUUUGGAGUAGAUGUUUGGUA